AUGGACAGCAGAAUUAGAAUACAAGGGUCCAUGUCGCGUGUGCCAAAUGUGAUUUUGAAAGGUGACAAAAUUCCUAUCCAUCCAAGGCAUACAAAGUGCUGUGAGCCUCUAUUCCUCAUCGCCAUCUUCGCCGUCGGACAAUGUGAGAAUCACAAAUUUGCCCCGCAGAAUCCCACUGAUGGAGCUGUUCGUUCCUAUCUCCGUUUCAGCCUUACCAGUCGAGAAAGCGGAGUUUUCCGUGCCAGCAAUACAGAGGUCAAAGAUGGUUCAGCCGGGCCCCCUCGCCCACUUUCAUGGCAUGACACGCCCCGAGAGAAGCUGCAUAUCGGAAAACUCGUGGGAGCCAUGCGUAUUCGAGCUCACACUUCCCAUGGAAUGGAAAGAUCCUGCAUUUUGGCCCCUGGCUGCGAAAAGAAAUACUUAGAUCCCGACUUCAUCUGGCAUCAAACCGUGUUCUGCAUUUCUGGUUCCGCUGCCAUGCCAUUUUCAGACGUGAUGAGUCUAAAGAGCUUCCGAUCUGCAGGAGCCUCGGGAGUGGGGGGUUGCGCUUUUGGUGGUGAUUGCAUCCAAGAACUCCGGUUUGUCCUGCGCCUUUCCUUUCACUAUUGCCCGCCGCUUUCAGCCCAUCGGCAAAUCGGUAUUGGGAGGGAAGAUUUCCAUCCAGUUCCAAUAAAUGCCAAUUGGGGAGAAGGCUUUUAUGGGAUUUUUACAAUUCAUUUCCAAACAGAGGAAUGCCAUGAUGAUGGCCUGCGCAUUCUUCUACGAGACACCAGACCCACACAACCAAGUAUCAAACGAGCUGCAACUGUUAUUGCGGGUUUCAUUAAUACUUUGCCUGGCAGUUUCGCAAUGCAAGAGUACCAACCCAAAAACACGGUUAAUGACAAGGUCAUCGAAAAUUACAAUGGCCAACCCAAACAAGACAAGAGGGCGGACCGGGAUCCAGACGUUGUGUCAAUCCUUCAAAAUGGCAUGUUAGCAACCCAACAUCCCAACGUAACCUCUUUGUUCACGGAGCACCAAUAUAGCCAUGGGCGAUGA